AGCCCUUCUCUUUCUCACCUUUUCCUCCUUUCUAAAACAACUUCUCCUCUCCAAAAUCCUUCUCUCCAGUCUUUCUGAUCAGCAGUGGUUUUUCAUUCGUAUCAGCUUCUUUCUUUCUUUUUGCUUCGAACGUUGGUGGCCAUGGAAGAAGAAGGGAUGGUGGUGAACCAAGCGAGAGAGCAUCAGGAGCUGAUAGAUUUGCCCCCGGGCUUCAGGUUCCACCCCACGGACGAGGAGAUCAUAUCUCACUACCUCACUCCCAAGGUCCUGAACAGCUCCUUCUCCGCCAGUGCAAUCUCAGAAGUAGAUCUCAACAAGUGCGAGCCUUGGGACAUGCCAAAGAAAGCCAAGAUGGGUGAAAAAGAGUGGUACUUCUUUUGCCAGAAAGAUAGAAAGUACCCGACAGGGACUAGGACCAAUAGAGCCACGGAGUCUGGGUAUUGGAAGGCCACAGGCAAAGAUAAGGAGAUUUACAAAGGAAGAGGCAGGCUUGUGGGGAUGAAGAAGACCCUUGUUUUCUACAGGGGUCGAGCUCCCAAGGGAGAGAAGACCAACUGGGUCAUGCAUGAGUACAGGUUGGAGGGAAAAUUGGCUUACUACAAUCUCUCCAGGGCCGCCAAGGAUGAAUGGGUGGUGAGUAGGGUUUUCCACAAGAGCACAGGCAUCAAGAAAGCUCCAUCUCCAGGCCUGCUCACAAGAAUCAAUUCUUAUGUUGAUGACUUGUUGGAUAUGUCUUCGCCCCCGCCGCCACUCAUGGAGCCUUCUUCGAGCAGACCGAGCUCUAGCUUCACCGACGGGGAAAAUGAACUGAAGGGCGUGAUAAAUUCGGUCCCAAGAGUGCCGGAUGGGAACACCGGUUACUUUUAUUUUCCAGCAAAUUCGACCGAAGACCAGCACCAAGUACUACUGCAGCAACAACAAGAUCAUAUGAGUUGCUAUAAUAUGAUGAACCCAAGUAUCGAUGCAAGUCACUGCCCUCCACAAUUGUCAAGUUAUCCUCCUCUCUUUCCCUCUCAUUGGUCUACGAAUCCUGAUGAGUACUUGCUCCAAGGAAGAAGCGACAUGAUAUCAAGCUUUGGCGGUGCGGGUCUUAGCCGUGGGAGUGCCAAUCAUGCUCUUCUAAGAGCAAUAAGGGCAAAUUUGGAGACAUCGAACCUUCAGCAUAACAAGCAGUGCAAAGUGGAGCAGUUUUCAUCUAAUCAUUCUAUGGUUAGUCUAUCUCAGGACACCGGGCUCAGCACGGAUGUUAACAAUGAGAUAUCAUCUGUAGCCAUCUCCAAGCGAGAGGUGGGAAGCGGCGAUACAUUUGAAGACCUCGAGGGUUUAUCAUCAGUAGGCCCAAUUCAAGAUUUUGAUUUUUGGGACUUCUGAUCAAGAUGGCGAAACAUAGACAGCAUCAUAUAGAGAUGAUUAAUUUAGAACUAUGAUCCACUAGGUAUUAUUUAGUUUUUCAGGUUCAUGGAUCCUUAUAUUCCUGUACAUAAAAUAUUCCCAAUGUCCAACACCUUUUAGAUUCUUCUUUUAUUGAUGGAUCAGAGGGAACGUGUUACGUGAUUACAAUCUUAUGGACCUUUUAUGUAAAUUAUUAUUUCCCUUAUUGUGAUUUUGCAGCUCUA